AUGGAAAGAGAUGUUGAAUACGGAGGUAAACGAAAGAAAUUUCUCUUCAAAGUUUAUUUUAUACGUAGAAUUUAAUCGAAGUCCAAAUUUAUAUAAUAUCUUAUUUUUUUCAGAGGAAGAUAUGGUUAUCAGCGUCACGCCUCCUCCUAACGAAGCUCCCGAAAUUACUCCUUAUGCUCAAUCACAAGCAACGACUGAAACUAGCCGUUUGAUUUUUUUUCUACAUUUUUAAUAUACUCCUAUUAAAAUAUCUUUUGAAGAAUUUCUUUUUUUGAUUCAUGUCAUAAAAAUUAUCAGAAUUUCGUUGUGGUAUUGUAUGCAUGAUUCUUUUAAAAAAUAGCUACAAACUUUUUUUCAGGUUUUACAAGCGGCCCAGUGCGCGAUGAAUCACAAAUCGACAAAAAAAUCACAAUAAAGUUAAGAAAAAAAGUUGAAUGUUGAGUUUAUUUUUUGGUAAUCUUUAAAUUCUAGUUUUUUUCUGGAGAACCAACAUUAAAAAACUCAGCGCAGUUAAAGUCAGCCUCCUGAUUCGUUGAAAGAAGUUUCACCAGUUUUAAUUUUCACAACGUAAGGAAAAAAAUUCAGGCGACUCCCGUUUUGGAACGAUCAUAUCAGACUUUGCUAGAGCAUAUGAAAAACUCCAUCGAAAGUCUUCACCUUUAUAUGGUUUGAAAAAAAAUAUAUCAAAACAAAUGAUUGUUUUCUCAGGACAAGAACCAAGAGGUUACGGCUCGUUUUGAACUUGCAAAGCACGAAAAUAUCGAGCAUUCGUUCAAGGCUCCAGAAGAUCGGGACAACGAGUUUUUUAGUUUAUCGAUGAUUCUUGAAUAGCUCGGAACUUACCAGGUAUCUGAAGGCGGAACUUGGACCUUUUUCGCUCAACAACCAUCAUCGACAACUCAGUUAUUUUCUUCUGAAGUUUUCGGAAAUGCCGAAAAAUUUAUCAGUCCGGUUACUUACUAUAGAGGUGACUGCACAUUUGAGAAAAAAAAAAUUCCGAAAUGUGAAAAUAUUUAAUUUUAGAAAAAGAAAGUUUCUUCAGAAUUCCGAGUUUUCUGCAUUAGAACAAGUUAUUCUGGAAGCGAUGAGUGACAAAAGAUGGUCCGUUCAGGAGGUUCACAUUUCAUUCCAGAAACAGACGUUCUUUGUUCAAAUUAAGUUCCAAUACCUCGUGUGUCAGCCGCUUGACGAGAGCGCUCAAAUCUACCGACUGCUCCGCACCUUUCGUCCAAGAGAGGUUCCUGCAAUAGAGCCAUCUUUACUGAUGCUAUUGAAUCUCUGGUUCGAAACUCUUAUUUUAUUCGUUAAGUUGUAGUUCACUCUGCACACAUCUUUCGGAUGCGGCGAUGAGACGGAAGCUUCUAGAAGGAGGUCGACGCCGAGGUCCUCGAGAAGUUCGACACGCGGGAAGAAGCCUAUGUUGGACGACGGCCAUGUUCACGUUCACGUCCAUCGACACAUGACUUCGCGUUUGGCCGAAGACGCCUGCGCGAAAUUGGUUCGCGAGGAGUCGAGUCGCGACGUCGUCGUCAGGGCUGCCGGACUAGGCAGCUUCUGGGGCCGUUCUGUCCUCAGAACUGUUCAUCACAUCCGCGAGUUCGUCUCCAUUCUCUUCGCUGCAUUCAAAAGCGAGAAGAUUCGACUGGAGAAACUUUCAAUAACGUAGGUAGAUUCAAUUUUUUUUUUCUGUUUUCACUAGAUUAUUCAUUCACCGCUUGAUGCAAUAGUGAAACCAGGCCCCUUUUCAAAAUUUUUUUCCCUGUUCUGAUUCUAAUAUCCAAUUGACAAAAGCAUGAAACAAAUCGAAAUUUAGUUUCGGUCAAAAAAGGGUUCAUAUUUUUGAUCACAAUUAGGUUUCCCAAUAAAUAUUACUGUUUCCUCAGAUUUGCAAGCCGAGAAGACGUUUGUCAAACGCUGAGCACUGAGAAGUCACCGUCAGAAAACGAGCCAGACCUGGACGAGACUCUGGUGUGUCUUCUGGAUCCCUCGAUCGGACUUCUCUGCGGCUGGACUCCUCUAGAGCCACAGUUCAGACUUGCCAACAGUUUUCGUCAGAUGGUGAUGCCUAUCGACGACAACUUGCUCGACCACGCCAUCCGUCGCUGUCCUGUCGUUCAGUUAGUCUGUUAACCUGAAAAAGUGCCAAUUGAUAUUUUUCGAUGUCAUUUCCCUAUCAACAUCACUCCUCUCGCUGUCAAUAACAUCAUAAAGGUGAGACAUGUUGCAAAGAAAUCCGCGUUUUACAUCAAAGUUCUUCUUGAAGAUGUCUAUUACUUUAAAUUUGUUUUUCUCAUGCCGUAUUCAAUGUAAUUUCGGCGAUAAGGAAAUCGACGCAUUAUCGAACUAAGAUAAUUUCGGGAGACAGGCAAAACUCCUGCAGCGAUAUAUCGCAAUAUAUGAAUUUUUACCUUUACGCGGGAACUCAAAAUUUUGGAGAUUUUCAGCAUUUUCCACGAAAAUUUCAAACUCGCGCCUAAAACUCACCGUAAAAGUUCAUAUAUUACGAUAUAUAGCUGAUUCACGGCAGGCUUGAGCCAUCGAGAAAAGUGCUGCCACGAAAAGAGACGAGACAGCGCCUUGGUUGGUGGAGAGUGCAGACAGGUCACGCCUUUUUGCGUCCCAAGCUAGCCGUGAAUCGUCUAUAUUGUUGUAAAGAAGGCUCCCGGAAUUCCAAUUCAGCCUAUUUCCCGAAAUCAUUUUAAACGAAUAUAACGAGUCAAUUUUGAAACUAUCGCAGUAACUUUGAACACGGCAUGAGAAACAGUAUCAUGACAGACUUAUAGGGCUGGCUGCGUGGAAAAGUGGCAAUAAACGAAAUCCGCGUCAGCACCAGCUACGAUUUCGAGGAGAGAAUAGAAAUCACACUGAAUUGGGAAAAAGAUGAUCCGAAAUUUCUCAAGUUGAGAAAGCCAGAGUAUGUUUCAAGAAAGUGGUGAAAUAUCCUUUUUGAAUAAUUUUUAGGAAAAAUGGUGUCCGAUCGACCCUCUAUCUACGAAGGAAUAGACCACGCCUGCUUUAUAUCAAGGUUCACAAUUCCAAAUUGUCUUAA